AUAUUUUUACAGUUUGUCUAUUCUACAUAUCAAAACAAAAUAACAUAGAUAUAUCCCAUUCGUUGCUCAUCAUAAUCAAUCACAUUCACCAAUAAUUUAAUGGAUUUAACUAGUGUUUUUUUCUUUUUUAUCACAACCACUAAUAAUUAUAAUUAUUAAAUAAUAAGUGGCGAAUUUAGGUCAUUGUCUUUUCUAUAAUAUUAAAAAAUAAAUAAAGAGAUUAAUGAUGAUAUAAAGAAGACGUGACGUUUGAGACCUGGCUUUUUCUUACAUGGGUCCCUCCUUUGUCUCUCUCCUCCAUUUUGCUUUAAUAUCUCUUCACAGCUCGACACCUAGCUCUCAUCUUCUUCUUCUCUCUUUCUUUUCCUCUCUUUCACUUGCCAAAUCAGCCAUGUCUGCCGCCGUAGCAGCCGCUGCCGCCGCCGUAGUAAGCCGGAAUCGUAGCUCAAACAGUAACAGUAGCCGAGGCAACACUAAAAGCACCACCGCAUAUAGUAGCUCAAAUAGCUUCGUUUCACAAAGCAACUACCACCACCAACAGCGACGCCGGAGACUCCAAUACGAUUUGCUGAAAGAAAGGGACUGGGAUAAUUUCGGGCAGUACUUGAGGAACCAUAACGAUCCACCGAUCACGAUCUCCCAAUGCCGUGUAUCCCACGUGCUGAAAUUCCUCCGUUACCUCGAUCAGUUCGGCGAGACCAAAAUUCAUGAUGACACCUGUCAAUUCUACGGGCAGCUUCAUCCACCGGAGACCUGCCCCUGCCCGAAUAAGGAAUUUUGGGGCAACCUCGACGGCGUCGUGGGAAGGCUCCGUGCAGCUUUUAGUGAAAGAAAUGGUAACGCCGAGAUCAAUCCGUUUGGUGCAAUCGCCGUCGGGGACUACGUCACUAUGGUGAGGCAGUCUCAGGCCAGAGCCAGAGGAAUAGGCUAGCUUAAACGACAAAGAAUUAUCAAUACGACGUCGUUUUUCUCAACGCCGCGCGGCCAUGGAGCACCGCAAGUAUUGUCCUUUACGGAAUUGAUGACUGUAUCAAUACGACGCCGUUUUCUCAACGCCGAUCCACUAGCAGCCGCAAGUGUUGUCGUUUACGAAUUGAUGACUGUGUUAUUAUAUGUAUAAUUAUAAUUAAUUAAUAUGGGUGCUAACAAGAUCUUUAGAAAGUGUGAAUUAGGCAUUUUUAAUUUGUUUGCCAAUUGGGGUCUAGCUAUGCUGGGAUGAUGAUUUAAAUUUAAACAACUCCCUUAAUUGAUAAGAUAAGUACUGUUAAUUUGGAUCUUGCUUUUCUUUUUUAAGCUUGGAGUUAUGUGUUUGACUAUAACUCUUUGGCUAAAUUAGUAUUAAUGUAACUCGUUUAUGUCACAUUAAUUAAUUAAUUAAUUAGAGCUGUUUGGGUUGCUCUAAAUGUGUAAUUCAUUAUAUUUAAUUAUAAUAUUUGAUUAGCUUAA